AUGUCAGCGCUGAGUCCUAUUCUUCUGACCGCCAAUUGGCGAGCAGACCCUGCGAUCUCAGCACUGAUUGGCUGCUUGUGCCCGCUGCACUACAUUGGCUGGAGCCUCGCCCCCCAGGCUGGGGGCGGGGGCCCAAGUCCGCUAACCCGCGGGACCCCAGACCUCCUCGCCCGGACAUACUCUAACUCCCCCGACGCUCAGACCCCCGAACAGCCCGACAGCCCCAGCUCCCCUCAGCCCGGGCACCCGGCCGGCAGCGCGCCCACAGGGACCGAAUCUCCCCAAACUCAGAGACGCCGUCGUCGGGGACGCGGGGUCGGGAGAGCCUACGGCGAGCGGCCCCCGGUCUCCUCAGCCUCGGAGGCCCGGCGGCCUCCCCCGCCGCCAGCACCGCGCGCGCUCGGCCUGGAAGCCCCGGGUCUGGUCCUGAGGGCCCCCGAAGCCCCGGGCGCCCGACGGACGGCCGUCUCCUGGGGACCGCGCCUCGGCCGCGCGGACUCCCCAGGGCUCGGGGCGGCCCCGCGCCCCUUCCCCAGAAAGCCGCCUUCCCGGUCGGGCGCCUCGGGCCGCGCGCCUCCUCCUGAGGCGGCCCCGGAGGGAAGGGCCGACAGCGCCACCGACUCGGGGAGGGACGCCAUGAGCCCCGACCGCGAGCCGCAGGAGCGCCCCGAGGGGGACGCGGCGCGACCGGGCCGGGCGGCGCAGGCCGACGACGACGCCUUCAAGGACAUCGCCGCCUACUUCUCCCGGGCGGACUGGGCGGCGAUGGGCGCCUGGGAGAAGGGCCGGUACCGGAACGUGAAGAGCAACUACGAAGUGCUGCUCGGCCUCGGUCUCCGGGCCCCGCGGCCGGCCUUCAUGCGCCGCCGCGGGCGGGCGGCCGCGCCCCGGGCGGCGUCCAGCGACGACUCGGACGAGGAGUGGACGCCCAGGCAGCGAGUCAAACCUUCUUGGGUGGCCUUCAGAGGGGAGCAGAGUAAACACCACAAGGCAAUGUCCAGACCAUCAUUAAGCAAUGAAUCUAGUUUGAAGGAAUUGUCCAGAACAGCGAAUUUGCUGACUGCAAGUGACUCAGAGCAGGCCCAGAAACCACUGUCCCCUCCUGCAGAAGCAAGUGCCUCUGGAGAGCACAUUAGAGAAAAGUCAGAAUCCAGGAGAAAGGAGAUGGAUGUGAAGAUGUACAGCCUACGAGAAAGAAAGGGCCAUAUGUACCAAGAGGUCAGCGAGCCCCAGGAUGAUGACUACCUUUAUUGUGAGAAGUGUCAGAACUUCUUCAUCAACAGCUGUGCUGUGCAUGGGCCCCCUACAUUUGUAAUGGACAGUGUAGUAGACAAGGGGCAUCCCCACCGCUCAGCCCUCACCCUGCCCCCUGGGUUGAGAAUUGGGCCAUCGGGCAUCCCUGAGGCUGGGCUUGGAGUGUGGAAUGAGGCAGCAGACUUGCCAGUGGGUCUGCACUUUGGCCCUUAUGAAGGACACAUCACAGAAGAUGAAGAGGCAGCCAAUGGCGGCUACUCCUGGCUGAUCACCAAAGGGAGAAACUGCUAUGAGUAUGUGGAUGGAAAGGACAAAUCCUGGGCCAACUGGAUGAGGUAUGUGAACUGUGCCCGGGAUGAUGAAGAGCAGAACCUGGUGGCCUUUCAAUACCAAAGGCAGAUUUUCUACCGAACCUGCCGGGUCGUCAGGCCGGGCUGUGAGCUGCUGGUCUGGUACGGGGACGAGUAUGGCCAGGAGCUGGGCAUCAAGUGGGGCAGCAAGUGGAAGAGAGAGAUCGCAUCCGGGAGAGGGAGCUCUCUCCGGGCACCAGAUGGACGUACUGAUGUUCCCCAGUGGCCACCUCAGUCUCCCGUCUACUUCUCAAAGAAUGACUGA